AUGAACAAAGACGAAGAAAAGCAAGAGUUUCAUAAGAACUCGGAUUAUAUCGAGCCCAUAAUAUCCGAAAUAAAACCAUACUCUUCCGAUGAAGAAAGCGAUAGAGGGUAUGUGGGUAGUUUUAUCGAUUCCUUCAAAAGAGAUACCGAAAAUAGAACCCUUGAUGAUAAGAACUUGAGAUUGUCCCACUUGUGUGUGAUUGCUCUUAGUUCGGGUCUUGGUACGGGUCUCUUGGUUGGCUCGGCCACCAAGUUGAAGCUGGGUGGUCCGCUUUCCCUUUUAAUUGCAUACAUUAUUGUUGGUAUAAUGGCUAUUUGUACCAUGAACUCGGUCGGUGAAUUGACCGUUGCAUACUCUAACUUACAAGGUGGGUUUAACGAGUGGUACCAGAAAUUCUUGGACCCAUCUAUGGCAUUUGCUCUUGGCUGGAACUACUGGUUCCAGUGGAUCACCACCAUUUCGCUUGAAUUGGUUACCGCUGCUUUGACGGUUAAAUUCUGGAACAGUGAGCUCAAUCCGGACAUUUUCGUGGCCAUUUUCUUUGUGCUUGUUUGCUUCAUUAAUCUUUUCGGUGUGAAAGGUUACGGCGAGGCUGAAUUUGUCAUGAACACCAUUAAGCUUCUUAUGUUGACUGGUUUCGUCAUUAUGGGUAUUUGUAUCGACUUGGGUGCUUCCGAUUCUGGUUUUAUUGGAGGUAAGUACUGGAGAGAUCCAGGUGCCAUUACCAACUUUAAAGGUUUGGUGACUUGUUUCUCUACUGCCUCGUUUUCCAUGGGUGGUACUGAGUUCUUGGCUCUUUCUGUUUCUGAGGUGAAGAACCCAAGAACCGCCUUGCCAACCGCCAUCAGAUUGGUGUUUUUCCGUAUCAUUUUCUUCUACAUUGGUUCGUUGGUCAUGGUGGGUCUUUUGGUGCCUUAUACUUCGGAUAGACUUAUGGGUACCAACACUGAAAGUGCCAACGACGCUUCCCCAUAUGUUCUUGCCGCUGAUCUCCACAAUGUCAAGGUUGUUCCUCACAUUAUUAACGCUGUCAUUCUUAACUCGGUCACUUCGGUGGCCACGGCUGCCAUGUACUCUUCUUCCAGAUUGUUGCGUUCUUUGGCCCAGCAAGGUUUGGCUCCAAAAUGGUUUGACUACACCGACAGAGCCGGCAGACCAUUGAGAGCCUGGUUGGUGGGUAUUUUGGCAAGUCUCUUUGGCUUUAUUGCCGAAUACGAAAAACAAGCUACCGUUUUCGACUGGUUGAUGUCCAUUGUCGCCUUGUCCAUUGUGUUCAUCUGGCCUGCUCUUUGUAUCUGUCACUUGAGAUGGAGAGCUUGUCUUAGAUACCACAAGAUCCCAUUGGACACUUUGGGUUAUGUCUCAUACACUGGUGAAUGGGGUUCAUGGCUUUCGGUGAUCGUCAAUGCUUUGAUUUUGAUUGGUCAGUUCUGGGUCGCCCUUUUCCCUACCGACAAGCCCGACGUUGCCAACUUCUUCCAGAACUACGCCGGUGUGCCUUUCCUCUUGACCUGUUUCUUUGGCCACAAGAUCUUUGCCGGUAGCUGGACCAAGUGGUGGCAUAAGAUUGAGGACAUCGACAUCGAUACCGGUAGAACGAUUUACGACAAGGAGCAGAUGGCUUUGGAUAGGGAAGAGCUCAAGCAGAAGUUGGAGGCUGCUCCGUUCUGGAAAAAGCCGUUUGUUUGGUUCUUCAACGCGUCCUAA